AUGGGCCGCAGGUUUGUGGACAGCUUCCGUCGAGUGCCCGGAGGGCUUCCCAUGAGUGGAAACCAUGGCUAUCAUAUUAACGAUGAUGCUCCUGAUAUGGGCCAAGGAGGUGCUCGCUUCUACGACCUGCGUGCGGCCAAUGUGCGGACGGCCAAUUCUGCACUCGCACGAGAUCUUAAAGGUCGCCAUCUUCAGAUGAUCGCCAUUGGAGGCUCAGUCGGGACCGGUUUGUUCGUAGCAUCAGGCCUCGCCCUGUAUCAAGGCGGCCCGGCUUCACUUUUGCUCGCGUACAUUGCAACCGGGGUUUUACAAUUCUGCACCAUGCAAAGCAUGGGUGAACUGGUAACAGCAUUUCCCGUUGCUGGUUCGUUUUCCGCGUUUUCGAGCCGAUUUCUGGACCCGUCGUGGGGUUUCGCCAUGGGCUGGAAUUACGCCUUGCAAUGGCUCGUCGUUCUACCGCUCGAGAUUAUCGCCGGAGCUCUGGCGAUACAGUACUGGAAUGCUUCGCUGAACCCCGCCAUUUUCAUCACCAUCUUCCUCUUCGCAAUUAUCGCCAUAAACCUAAUGGGAAUCAAGGGUUAUGGAGAAGCAGAGUUCGUUUUCUCCAUAGUGAAAGUCGCUGCCAUUGUUGGCUUCAUACUUCUUGGCAUCGUAAUCAAUAUCGGCGGACCGCCGACAGCCGGUUACGUUGGCGGCCAGUUCUGGGUCAAUCCGGGCCCAACGAACAACGGCUUCAAAGGCUUCUGCAGUGUUCUGGCGACGUCUUCCUUUUCUUUUGCGGGCACCGAAAUGCUCGGACUUGCUGCGGCCGAAACUGCCAACCCGAAGAAGUCUGUCCCAAGUGCCAUCAAGCAAGUAUUUUGGAGAAUUGCCAUUUUUUACGUCGUAUCGCUCCUGCUGGUGACACUCUUGGUCCCCUACAACGAGCCGCGUCUUCUUAGGGGCCGCAGUUCUGUUGAUGCCACCGCCAGCCCCUUUGUCAUCGCCGUGGAAAGCGCAGGCUCAACAAUCUUACCGAGUGUCAUGAACAUCGUCAUCAUGAUUGCGGUAUUGAGUGUGGGCAACUCUUCCGUGUUUGGGUCUUCUAGAACGCUGGCUUCUUUGGCCGAGCAGUCUCACGCGCCCAGAAUCUUCUCCUACGUAGAUCGCAAAGGACGACCACUGACUGCACUUGGUCUCGCCUCUGUUCUUGGACUUUUGGCAUACCUUGUCAAUGUCAAGUCUCACUCAGACAUUUUCGAUUGGCUCAUGGCCAUUUCUGGGUUGUCCAGCUUGUUCACUUGGGGCAGCAUUUGCCUCUGCCAUAUUCGGUUUCGCAAAGCUUGGGCAGCAGCAGGGCACACACUGAACCAACUGCCGUUCGUGUCACAAGUUGGCGUUCUCGGUUCUUGGAUUGGAUUAAUUGGGAAUAUUCUGGUUCUGGCCUCUCAGUUUUGGAUGGCCGUCUCUCCGGUUCCGCUUGACCCAGAAGCUGACGGGCCUGAGAUCACAGCGAGGAACUUCUUCCUGAACGUGCUGGCUGUCCCGAUUGUUAUUAUUUUCUAUGUGGGACACAAGAUCUGGUUCAGGACACAAUUGGUUAAUACUGAGUCCAUGGAUCUCGACACCGGAAGAAUCUAUUCCAGGGUUCAGCCCGACUCAACAGAAGAGAAAGAGCUGCGACGAGCCUGGCCCUUGUGGAAGAGGAUUUACAGGACAAUUUGUUAA